UCAUAUCUACACCCUCUCGCUUGCAGAGUUUCAAUGCAAUUGUUCAAACAUUGGGCCUCAAAGCAAAGUCAGGUCUAGUCCUAGAUGUUGCACAUCGUUGGAAUUCAACAUUUGACAUGCUACAUGAAGCCCUAAAGUAUAAGACUGCUCUCAAUAGAUUCGCACGAGAAAAUUUCAUGGAUUCUCCACUAGACGAAGACUGGGCAAAAGCUGAAGCGCUCCAUGGGUUUCUCCAAGAGUUCAAUGAGGCAACUAAAGCUUUCUCUGCGGACAGACAUCCCACGGCACACUUCUUCUUGAAGAUGGUGUUGGCUAUUAGACUUGUGUUGCUUGAUGAAGCAUGGAACUCUAAUGAGCUUCUCAACGCAAUAGCCAAUGCUAUGUAUACCAAGUUUCAAAAGUAUUGGGCUCAACCCAAUAUGGUUCUUCUCAUAGCGGCUGUGCUAGAUCCAUCUCAAAAACUGGACUUAAUCAAGUUCUACUUCUACACUAUAGGAGAAAAUGUUGAGGUGAAGAUGAGAGAGCUGAAACAAUACAUGAGGAGGUAUUACUUAGAAUAUGAGAAAAUUGUGAGGUGUCAAAGCUUGCAUGUCUUCAUUCCACCUGAUGAGCAAGAUACAAGUGAGGAUACCUUCAUUUGUUCACCAUCAGGAUCAGGGCAGCUUUGUGGUAAAAGACGAGUAGAGUUUGCAUUUGAGCAAUUUGCAUCUCAAAACUCAAGUGCUCACCCAGAAAGAUCGGAGUUAGAUGCUUACUUGGAGGAUCCUAGAGUGCCCAAAAGAGCGGAUGAUAGUAUCAAUGUUCUAGCCUGGUGGAAGAAGAAUGCAGAUGCCUAUCCAACUUUGUCCCUGAUGGCUAGAGAUUUUCUUGCUAUUCCCGUGAGUACAGUCUCCUCAGAAUCAGCUUUUAGUGCUGCAGGAAGGAUUCUUGGAAAAAAUAGGACAUCACUCUCUCCAGAAACUCUUGAAGCCUUAGUUUGUGCUAAAGAUUGGCUAAUUGGGUUCAAUGAUGAAGAAGAAGGUGAACCAAUGACUGGAAAGAGGAUGUUUGAUUCAGAAGAUUCGGAUGAUGAGUAGGUCUUGACUGAGGUAUCUUCAACGAGCAGCAGCCGCUCCUUCAUUUUCUAUUUUUCAGAUAUUAAUGUAACCGAAGUGGAUGUAAUCUAUUACUAUUACCAUCUAGAUUAGGCAUCAUUAUUAGCUA